AUGGUGCUCGCCGGAUCCAACUUCCGCGACGAUAUUGUACCGGGUCCACUAUGGUCAAAGCCAACAAAGACCGAUAGCAAUGGCUCGACAUCUGACUGCAUCGACGUGUGGGUUGAAUACAACAAAGAACGAGUGAGCAAUAAUGAUGCCUUGACUCAAGCGUCGAACAGCAUCGAGCCUGAGACGGAACCAGUGGAUGCUACCGAGUGGCACUCGUCCUUGGAUAUUGCCGAAUGGGAGCGUAUGCCACCGGAGAUCAAACUCGAGGUCCUUACUAAGCUGUCGUUCACCGAGCUCCUGGUCCACGCCAACACUGUCUCCCCUUUCCGAGACGUCUUCCGCGAGCAUGAGGCGGCUAUUGCUCAAAGGGUUCUUAUCGAGCCAAAGAAGAAAGACUUCCAGGAUGUCCUCGACGGCUUCGACUACUCCAAGUACGAAUCACUCCUCGAGGCGUUCGAGCACUGGGCUACCAACAAGACCCUUCUCGGGUACGACGAGGACUCGAAGGGACAUCACCAAGGUCCGUCGGACUUCGUACACCACUACGCAGCCUGCUGCGGCAUUAGCGACGCCAAAAAAACCCAAGCCAUCAGCUCUUACGUGCAAACACUUGUGCUCAAGCACAACUACGCCGUGGUACACAGGAAACUGGGCGACUGGGUACCGAUGACGCGCGAAGAAGCGCUGUCCAUCGGCACCUCAAUCAGUCUGCCACCGUCGGCUAAAGCCAACCAGACCGGUCAGCCCAACGAUGUCCAGCGCAUGGAGUCCCGCCACCUCAUAUCGACAUUGUACGAAGAACCUCCUCGACGCUUCAACACCCUGACGAAGUUGACUUUCCGAGAUAUAUAUCACACUGGACAAUCUGCAGAGUGGAUCGCCGUCAUGCCGUCCGUGCAGCGCCCGGAGUUGAAGGGUGCAGAGGAGACAGCGUUCCUGGAAAUGUUCGACCUGCCGCGGAUCCUAGAGUGCGGACCUGAGGAUAGCCAUGGGCCAAGGAUAGCGUACUGCGCCGACUUCAAGUAUCUGAAGAGGAUCGGCGAGACCGUUCGCGAAGUGAUGCGUCGCGAAGCUGCAGGAGAGGGACUGCUGAGGCCGCUCGUCGAAGCGAAGACUCUUGAGCACGUCUUUAUUUGGUGA